AUGGAGAGCCAGGUCGCUCCGAUUUGCGGAAUGAUAUCCUCAUAUGAGACAAAGAUCCAGGAUAUGGACACGGAGAAAUCUCGUUUGGCACAGUUUAUUUCCGACAUGAAAAACCGUAUCUCGCUUGCUCAGCAAAAAGUGGACACUCUCUGUCAGGAAAGACAGCGCAUUUCCGACGCCAAAAUCAAAUGGAAGCAGCUCCUUCAUCCAAUUAGACAGUUCCCCGCAGAAAUACUUCUUCGUAUCUUCCGCUCGACUAUUGACUUCCCCCAUUUCGUACCGUACGAGGUGACCGCUGGGACUUUCAUCCCGCUGAAAUCACUCUUUGUCGUCCAAUACCUCGCAUCCGAGAUUUUCUGUGCCAUCCCAUCACUGCGUUUUUCAUUGCCAUCUUUGAAAAGCCCGUGUCUUUUUCCCACGGAUGGAGAAGCCAUUGAUGACUACGAAGACCUGGUUUUGUUUCUCUGCCCGCUACUCCGCCGGCUUCAUGUUGUCGAAGUUCCGCGUGUUGUCGCACUUCUUUUGCCUUCCGUCAAUCUAUGUCGAUUUAUCGAUGCAGAUGAUGUGGCAGAUGAAGACGAGGUGGAACGUAUCGCCAUUCUUUCGCACCUAUACCUUUACGGACUGGGAUACCUCCGAGCCCGUAUCGGGUUCUAA